CACUGGUCUGGCAAAAAUGUGAGCCCCUUUUUCCAAACAUUGAAUAAAAAAACAGCUGUAUAAUGAUGCAAGAUAAUCCCAUUUACCCAAUUCAUGUGAUCACUCUAAUCCCAUUCACAUCAGCAUCACAAAAUUUUCAAUCUUUAAAUUUGCAUUCACACAUCCAUCAUCUGUCGAGAGAGAGAUGGGCGCUUCUUCUUCAGUCCCAGAAAAAUCCAUACACGAAUUUACAGUAAAGGACAGCAAGGGUAAUGAUGUGAACCUCAGUAGCUAUAAAGGGAAAGUCUUGCUUGUUGUUAAUGUCGCUUCAAAAUGGUUUGAUACUAUACUAAACUCUCAGGUGAAAGUGAAUGGGCCGAAUGCAGCACCGGUGUACAAGUUCCUUAAAGCAAGCAAAGGCGGCUGGUUCGGCUCCCAAAUCAAAUGGAACUUCACCAAGUUUUUAGUCGACAGAGACGGAAAUGUAAUCAAGCGCUAUGCAACGUCUACGACACCAUUGGCUAUCGAGGGUGAUGUAAAGAAAGCAUUGGGAGAAAGUUGAGAUAUGAGUUGAAUUAUUAACUCAAUGAUGCAUCAAACUAGCUAUAGAUGUGUAUUUAUCAACAUACAAUCUGUGUUGUAUUUUUUUACUUUUUUGUUUGUUUACUUCUUUGGUUUUAUAUUGUAACAUCUUCAUGUCUAUUAUUCUAGUAGUACUACUUAUGUAUUUAUUUGAUGAAAAUUUAUCUAAUUUCUAGUGGACCA